UUUCGGUAAAGCAAGGCGCUCAAAAAAAUCUGUUUGUUUUACAAAACGCACCGUUCAAAACCCAGACGCUCAAUUUCAAAAUUAUUUUUGUGAAAUGUGUAACACCCUGCUGUAAACCGAAGUGCACACAUUCUUUUUCUCGGAACGGGAAACCCAAUCAGAACCCUAUUUCGGCUACUUGGCAAGUAGCGCCAAAUUUCCAAUCAAUAACACAACAACCCCUCGACGUGCAAGAUGAUUCGGUCACCCGGCGGUUUCCUCAAGAACGUGACCCGCCGUAUAAUUGGCAUCCGACGCUUGUGCUCCGACGAGUGUCCAACUGAACGCAAGGGGCUGAUUGUGGGCGUGUACGAGGGCGAAGAUGGCGAGCCUGUUUUCACGCCGGCGGCGCAAAAGUUCAACGACAAAUGCGACAACAAGAUUCUCGAAUUGAUAAAGCAAUCGGGCGCCAGCCUGCAUCCCGGCAAGGGCAAAGCGUUCAAUAACAUCGAUAAUGAAUUCUGGGCCAUUGCCGUGGUGGGUCUCGGUAAGGAGAAGCUGGGCUAUAAUGAACUGGAAGCGAUUGACGAGGGUAUGGAGGCGGUGCGCAUGGCUGCCGGCAUGGGCGGCGUCCUGCUGCGCAAACAGGGCUGUACGCGUGUGCUGGUUGAGGGCCUUGGCUUUCCCGAGCAGGCUGCCGAAGGCACUGCGCUUGCGCUCUGGCGCUACCAGGAGAACAAGAUGCGCGAACACUGGAAAGUGAUUCCCUCGAUUGAAUUGUACGAUGAUCCGGAUAGCGACAGCUUCCAGCGCGGCUUGUUCAAGGCGGAGUCGCAGAAUCUCGCGCGCCGCCUAUCGGACACGCCUGCAAACUUGAUGACACCGCUGCAUUUCGCGCAGGAGUGCGUCAAUGAGCUGUGUCCAUGCGGGAUACGCGUUGAGGUGCAUGAUCGCGACUGGAUUGAGCAUGCCAAGAUGAAUGCCUUCAUGGCGGUUGCACGCGGGUCAUGUGAACCCCCUGUAUUACUGGAAAUCUCUUACUGUGGAGGCCCGCAAGAUAUGAAACCUAUUCUGAUGGUGGGUAAGGGUAUCACCUUUGACAGUGGCGGCCUCUGCUUGAAGAAAUGUCCUGGCAUGUCUCGGUAUCGUGCUGAUAUGAGCGGUGCCGCUGCGAUUGUCGGCGCGCUGCGCUGCGUUUCGGCCCUCUCGCUGCCGAUCAACAUCAAUGCGGUGAUUGCGCUGUGUGAGAAUAUGCCCAGUGGUAUGGCGAUGAAGUGCGGCGAUGUGGUGAUGGGUAUGAAUGGCAAGAGUAUAAUGAUUACCGAUACGGACAAUGAGGGCCGCCUAACGCUGGCGGAUUGCAUUGUCUUUGGCCAGGCGACGUACAAACCGCGUCUGUUGAUUGAUGUCGGCAGUUUGACGCCGGGUAUACGCUCGGCGCUCGGCUUUGGCGCUUCGGGUGUGUUCGCCAACUCGCAGACGAUGUGGUCGCAGGUGCGCAAGGCGAGCGUCAUCACUGGUGAUCGCGUGUGGCGCAUGCCGCUGUGGAAGUACUUUGACAAGAAGGUGACGAACUACAGGUCGGUGGAUGUGGAUAACAAGGGCAAGGGCAAGGGUGAUCCCUGUCUGGCGGCGGCGUUUCUCAAUCAGUUUGUGCACUGCAUUGAUUGGCUGCACUUUGACACGACUGGCGUGUCUAUGCUGGCUGAUGAUAAAGUGUAUCCCUACUAUACCAAGAAUCGCAUGAGUGGCCGACCGACGCGCACUCUGUUGCAGCUGCUGUAUCAACUGUCGUGUCCCAAUGAGGGGGCGCGCGACAUCAAGUAGGGUCGGUGCCAUGCUGGUGACGCACGCCGACCACACCCGACACAACACGACGACACUUGUGAUGACGAACGAAUCCCAUUAGAGUAAGUCAGUCUAUGAAAACACCACCAUAUUAUAUAUCAAUCACUAGCACCACCUCACAUGCAUCCUAUUCAGCCCUGAUUAAAUUUUCAGUUGAACUUUGAUAACUUAACCUCUGAUAUAAUAAUUAUAUAUAUAUAUACUAUACCUACGUACAAAAAACUGCCCUAUCUCAAUUUCAAAUCACCUCUUGGGGGAGAAAAAACUAGCGAAACAAUUAUUUUUUUUAAUUAAUUUUUUUUUCAUGGGACUUCCUUUUUUAUUUAGUGGGUUAUACGACUUAUUAAACUCCUGCAACCUGGUCAGUUGCUAAAAAUCUUCGCAAAUAAUUUUUUUAGAUUUGGAUUAUUUUCGAACGCUUUCUUUGAUAUAUUGCUUUCUUACGUUUUUUUCUUUAAUCGUUGAACCGAACCAGAUUAUCACAGCACGCAGGCGCACAAUGAGUAUAGAGAUGAUUGAUUGGCUGUGCGCUGGUGCGCAUGCGCGCACUCAUUGACACACACAUACACGCUAUACGAAAAGAUAUGCAAAAUAUAUGCAACCAACUUGACGUCGUUGAGCACACCAUCCGACUCUGAUUGUACUAUGAUGGGAUGUUGUAGAAGUAGCACUGAACUGACUUACCGCUGGUUGAAGUGUACGCACCCGGCUUUCUACUACUGAUUGUUUAUAUAUAAGGAUGAUUAGUAACAAAUUUAUGUAACAAAUUGCUUGAGAAGUGCGAGCAGAUGGAAUUCGGAGAGCGUAACUUCUAUACAAAAUUUAGUGAUGUUUGUCUCGUGAAAGUAUUAUUUUAUGGGUAAAAUGUACUUUUUUUCUUUGCCUUAUAAUGUAUCAAAUUUUGCUAUUUGAAAUUAAAAUUUGACAAACAGAAA